AUGGACCAAGUAGCCAUAAGAUAUAAAAGGAUGAAGGGCAGCAUUGUGAUAUUCCUGGAAACAUCAGAUCCCGUUUCCAAAGGUGUAACAGUUCUUGCCUACCCCAGCAAUGACAAGGAUAUACUGUCAUUUCCCAAUAACGCACAGGUGCUAGUGUAUAGCAAGGAGGCUGGCAGUCGAAGGGAUCUUUGGGGAGUUGAGAUCAAAGGAAGGCGAGGAUAUGCACCUUUGAAAUACAUCCGCGAACACAGGAUCUUUAAAUCAAAACUUGACUAUGAGGUGCCAACAGAACCUUAUAUGGGAAAAAGUGAUGGAGGACUUAACAAAGAUAACCCUUCUGAAGAGUCACCCAACCAGGAGUCCAAGGCUAAUGAGGAAACUGUCACCGAGUUUACUGAAAAUCCGAAAGUCGCCAUAACUGCUGAGGAUGUGGAGUACAACAACUUGCCUCCAGCAGCCCCAACAGAGGAACACCUUCAGAGUGAAGAAGCCACAAGUCAUACCUCUCCUCCAAACCUAAGUCUGGAAUCUGAAGAUGCUAGUCAACCUGACAGUAAUGAAGGCAGUACUACAGAAACCAGUAGAACUCCUCAGGAAGAAGAGAAGGAAGUGGUGAAGGAGGUGGAAAAAGAUGAUGAAGAGACAGUGGAGGAGGAGGAGGAGGAGCAGGAGGACAGCCAAGAAGAAAAGGAACCCCAAGAAUUUCAGGAGAGUGAGAAUACUGAAGGUGAAAUAAUAGAUAAUGAUAAACAUGAUGAAGUGACAGAUGCCAAUAACAUUGACAAUCCUCCAGAAGAGGAGGAGGAGGAGAAGGAAGAAGAGGAAGAAGAAAAAGAUAUCCUUGAGAAAGAGGAAGUAAUCCCCAAUGCUAGUGACAGUGUGCUAAUUGAACCUAGUGAGCCACCACUGGAACUAGAACCUGAAUCUCCCCUGCCAUUAAAUCCAAAUGAACUUAAGGAAGAGGCAGAUGAUGUCAAAGAAUCUGAGAGCCUCAUCACUUUAGAACCGUCAUCAGUCUCCUUUGAAGUGAUUGAUGGUACUACUUUAUAUUUUGAUGAAGAUAUCAGCACUGCCACCACCACUUCGAAGGACUCCCAAACAUCAGAACUUCCUUCAGCUUCUCUUGUGUUAGGUGAUGCUUCUACAACAGUACCUAUUCCUGCAUUGUUGCAUCAUUCAACUCCCACCAGUCCACCAAAGGAUGCAGAAGUUGAGGACCCCAAGUUGACAAACCCAGAGAUUGACCAAAAUCAAGCAGCAGACUCUGUGCCCAUGCCAGACACAGAGGAGAGUAUCACUAAUGAGCCAGAGACUACUUCUGAAACCAUGGAAUUGCCAGCCUCCACCACUGAUGGUGAAAUGGUCACUGAAGCAGGUUUACAUCUCAGUGAAGAAGAAAGCACAUCCAUGGCAGAGGAGACAGUGCCACCAUUGGAAGAUGGUGAUGAAGGAUUUUCUGAGGAGAUGGACAUUGAUUACGUUGAUUCUCUCCCUGAAGACAGAGAAGCAGUUCUGACAACAGAGGAACCAGAGAAUGAAUUUGGUGCUCCUAAAGUGGAAACGAUUAUCGAAAGUACCGAUAUUCCGACAGAGAAACCUGUUGAAAGUGAGGGUUUCUUUGCAUCUUGGUUUGGCAGCUCAGAAACUGCAGAUCUUCCAGAGGCAGAAACUCCAGAGACUCCUGAUCCAAGUGAAUCAGAAGCUCCUUUGGAUGACGUGGAAGUAGAAGCCACAGCCUCUGAGGACACUAAAAAAUCACAAGUCAGUGGUGGUGGAGGAACAACUUCUCACAGUGCUGAUUUGCUUCCAGAUGAUAUUCCUGUCCCUGUAGAUGAAAGUGAAAGUGCCAAUACUGAUGCUCAAGUUCUACAUGUCACAGAAGAUGUAGAUGAGAAUGUCCCUAGCUCCUCUCAGUCCAAUCUUUCAUCAGUAGAGAGCAGUUCUUCAGCUACACCUGACAAGGAGCCAUCAUCUGAUGUGCUCCCUCCCAUACCAAAUAAUGCCUCCUCAACAGACUUGGGUCAAAAUGCCAGUGACACAGCAGAGGGUAGUGAAGAGGAUGCAGGUGGUUAUCUAGUGUGGAUGCUAAUGAUAACACUGUAG